AUGUCGUAUCUCGACACUAGCGACCAACAACGGCCGACCACGGCUGCCUCCGAAGCAAAUACGGUGGUUGCCUCUCGUGCUCCUUCGGAAAAUAUCGAGAUGUCUGAAAUCGACAAGAAGCACUCCAGCGACCAGGGCCGUAUCAAUGUCCAGGAAGCAGAAGCACAAUUCAACGCACUUGCUAGACGACUCACUAGGCAAAGCACGAAACAGCACGAAAAGUCCAGUGCUGAUAUAGAGAAGCAAGAAACUUUUGACUUGCUGGACUAUAUGCGAACUACCUCGGGCAAGCAAGACGAGGCCGGCUUUGCCAAGAAGCACGUUGGUGUGACGUUUGAAAACCUGUGUGUAACUGGUGCAGGGGGUGUGAAGAUAUAUGUCCGUACUUUCCCCGACGCCGUCAAGGAAUUCUUGCUGUCUCCAUAUUACAUUGCGAAGAGCCUCGUUGGUGGCCCAGUAGUGGCCCCCAAAACCAUCUUACACUCUUUUAAUGGAGCUACGAUCACCAAUCAACGAGGUAGUUUUCUUUCGGUUGACGGUGACGUUCGAUACGCUGGCUUUGGAGCAGAAGAGUUCGGAAAGCGGUAUGCUGGGCAAACAGCAUACAACAUGGAAGAUGACAUUCACUAUCCUCGAUUAAGUGUCGCUCAAACUCUGCAGUUUGCACUCAAGCUCAAAUCUCCUGGUCGACUGCUACCAGAACAAACUCGAGCAGAACUAAAUGAUGAGGUCUUAAGCACGCUUUUAUCCAUGCUCAACAUUACUCAUACCAGAAACACGGUGGUUGGAAAUGAGUUUGUGCGUGGAGUUUCAGGCGGUGAACGAAAGCGUGUGUCUAUUGCUGAAAUGAUGGCCUCUCGUGCUGUUGUGUGUUCUUGGGAUAACUCAACCCGCGGUCUCGAUGCUUCGACUGCGCUCGACUAUGCCAAGUCUCUCCGCAUAAUGACCGACAUCUUCAAACUUACCACUUUCGUUUCCCUGUAUCAAGCGGGCGAAGGGAUUUAUGAGCAGUUCGACAAAGUUCUACUCAUCGAUGAAGGCCGCCAGGUGUACUUCGGGCCUGCACAGGAGGCUCGUGCAUACAUGGUCUCUCUCGGGUUCCGUAAUAUGCCGCGCCAAACGACUGCCGACUAUCUCACUGGCUGCACGGACCCGAACGAACGCGCAUUUGCGGAUGGCCUCAUGGCCGCUAAUGUUCCUUCAACCCCGGAUCAACUGGCUCAAGCAUUCCAACAAAGCAAGUACUGGUCAAUGAUACUAGCUGAGCGCCAGGCCAUGCAAGCCGAGUGGCAAGGGGAGGAAAAUGAUCCGUCUGGUUCUCAAGCACAAUUCCUCGAAGCGAACAAGGAGGAAAAGCGUAAGCACGUUUCUCGCAAGGACCCGCAUACUGUCAGCUUCGUUAGUAUGGUUAAGACGCUCGUGUGGCGUCAGUGGCUUUUACAGAUUCAGGAUACUUUCUCUAUAUUUACUAGUUUUGCGACCUCUAUUAUAAUUGCAAUCGUGGCUGGUAGCGUUUAUCUUAAUUUACCCCUGACUGCCGCCGGAGGCUUCACUCGAGGGGGCGUGAUCUUCUUGGCUCUUUUAUUCAAUGCCUUUAAUGCGUUCAGUGAAUUACCUACCAUGAUGGGUGGCCGUCCGAUUCUUUACAAACAACUCUCUUACCGGUUUUAUCGCGGAAGUGCACUUUCUGUUGCACAAACGAUCACAGACCUUCCACUGUCUUCUAUUCGGGUUCUGCUCUUCUCGAUCAUUAUCUACUUCAUGUGUGGUCUCGAUCGGAACGCUGGGGCAUUUUUCACUUUUUAUCUAUUCAUAUACAUCACAUUUCUAGCGAUGACGGCAUUCUUUCGCUUGAUCGGUAUUGUUUGCUCUGGGUAUGAGGUCGCUGCUCGUUUGGCAGCAGUUAUCAUCACCUUCAUGGUUACCUACGCUGGUUAUAUGAUUCCCGUUCAAGCUAUGAAACGAUGGCUCUUCUGGAUUUGGUAUAUGAACCCACUCAACUAUGGUUUCGCCUCCAUGAUGGAAAAUGAGUUCUAUCGUAUUGACUUGCAGUGCGUUGGAAACUAUAUUGUUCCUCGCAACGUCGGCAGCAUCACCAAGUAUCCCACUGAGCUUGGACCCAACCAAGCUUGUACUCUUCCUGGAGCCACCCCAGGCGAAUCACUAGUUACAGGCGAUGCAUAUAUGCUGGCAAGCUUCGAGUAUCGACAAAAGGAUAUUUGGCGAAAUUUUGGGAUUCUUGUUCUGUUCUGGGCUGCAUUCAUUGCACUGCAGGUAUUCGCUAUGGAGAAAUUCCAACAUGGUGCUAAUGCUCGCGCGGUAACGAUUUAUGCCAAGGAAAAGAAGGAGAACAAGGAACUUAAUGACCGUCUUCAGCAACGCAAGGCUGCAGGUCGUAAGGACCAAGGCGAUGGCGUCGUUGGUGGUACCACGACCACUAGCGGAAAGGCGUUCACGUGGGAGAACCUCGACUACACCGUCCCUGUUCCCGGGGCACUCGUCAGCUUCUGA